AAGAACUUUUGAGACGCUAGUGAAAAUUAAAGAUCCUUCUCUGGGGAAAAAUACUAGGACAUUGGUUUAUAAUGGUGUCUGGAAUCCCCUUCUUGAGUCAAGGGAGGGGGGUAUAUAUUGCAGGGCUCCUGGGCCCUCCGGGAGCCUCUAUCUCUCCGGGUGGGGCUGAGAAGGCGGGGCUUCGAGCCUCUUUAUCUCCAGAGCCAGCCUUGGCUUCCUGGCGCGGGGUCCCUCAGUUCGGCUUUUUGCCAUGGGGUUGCUGCUCCACCUCUCUCUGGUGGUUUUGCUGGCUGCCGCCUAUCCGGGAGGAAGGAGCGCGCUGAGGCGCCGGGCUGCGCCCGCACAAGGCUCCGGAGAUAGCUCUCCAGCGCCCUCGGAGACCAAAGCGUCGUUCUGGGUGCGCAUAAGCCCCAAGUUCAUGGCUGAGCCACCUGGGAGUUCAGUGUGGCUCAACUGCAGCAGCAGCUGCCCCCGGCCAGAGGGUUUCAGCCUCCGUACCGGACUGCAGCGAGGCCAGAACAUCAGUGGGCCCAGCUGGGUCUCCUUCCAGUUGCUGGAUGUGAGGGCCUGGAGCUCCAACGUGCACUGCUUCGUCACCUGCGCAGGAGUAACACGGGGUGCCACCGCCAGGAUCAACACCUACAAACGGCCACACAGCGUGAUCCUGGAGCCUCCAGUCUUAGAGGGCCGUAAUUAUACUCUGCGCUGCCACGUGACGCACGUGUUCCCCGUGGCCUUCCUGGUGGUGAGUCUGCGGAGCGGCGGCCGGGUCAUCUACUCCGAGAGCCUGGAGCGCUUCAAGGGCCCGAAUCUGGCCAAUGUGACGCUGACUUAUGAGUUCCCGGCCAGGCCCCGCGACUUCUGGCAACCUGUGACGUGCCACGCGCGCCUCAGUCUUGACGGCCUGGUGGUCAGCAGCAGAUCGGCACCCGUGAUGAUAGACUUUGCUUGGAGUUCUGUGUCCAAAGCCGUGGCUUCUACCUCCAUCGCAGCCCUUGUGGUGAUCUUUCUCGGUGUGGGGGCCGCCUACCUGCGAAAGAACCUACUGAUGCAGUCCAAGCGUAGAGGUUUUCCAUGCCGGCUGUGUGUGAGCAAAAAGGAAUCUGGAACAAUUUAAGGAACCUUGCCUGGAUCAAUAAAGCCUUCCUCAGCCUACCUCUGUCCCGCUGCCUAAAGGUCCACCACUAGUGCACACCCUCAGAGAAGCGGGUUUUUUUGGCCUUCUUGCAGUCACUUUCUCCAAAUUCCUUGUCUCCCCGAUGGCACCUGAGGU